AUGGGUUCACUUAAAUGUUUUAUCUUAGGAUUUCAAGAAUUUCUUACAACACCUAGUCGUUUAUGGAGAAUGCAUUAUCAUUUAACACAGCUCACAUCUAGUAAUGCACAAAAUACCAAAAUUCAUGAGCAUCAACGUGAACGACAAAAACGUUUACAAAUUCGAAUUCCAAGUUCAGAUAGAUUAACAAGUAUUGCAUCACAUAUUGAACUGCCUGGUUCAAGUGUUGAGAAGUUAGCCAAGUCUAAUGUUGAUUCACCUAUUUCACUUCCGAAUUUAUCUCCAUCUUCAUCAUCAUCACCGUCGUCAUUGUCAACAACAUCAACAUCUCAAAUAAAACGUUCAUCAUCAGAUUCACAGGGUUUAUUGGAACCAUUGGCAAGAAUGUGGUUGAUAAAUGUAGGACUGAUAUUGGUGUUAGCCAUAAUCUCGUAUUUAUUUUCCCUAAUUCCACUAACCCCAUCACUUGUAUCAUGGUUCGAGUCUUCACGUUUCUGUCACUUCGUCCAUCGAUUAUUCUCAUGCAGUGUACACAUAGCAUUGCUUUUAUUUAUGGAGUUAGUCAAUCUUUUGUACUUGAAAAAAAUAUGCGAUCGUAUAACCUUGUUAUCCAUGACUAAAGAAUAUCGGUAUAUUCAAAGAACUACUACACGAUGUUGUAUACUUUUUACUGGUUUAUCAAAAUUUUCUGCUAAUGAUCGUUCAAAUGUUUUCUUAAACUCUGCAAUCGGUGGUACAAUCAUGGAUCGUUUAUAUACACUAAUCUUUUUUAUGAUAUUUCAAUUACAAUGGAGUUUAUUGGCUACAUUGUCAGCAAAUUACUGGAUUGGUCACGUGAUCAACGCUUUCUCUGUUGCUUUCUUGUAUGCAUGUUAUGCAUUUGAAUAUCGUUGGCGACAAGUUGCCGGCACUACCUUUGAAGGAUUUUUAGGAAGAAUUGUUGAUAAUUGGACAUAUUUCCUCGGAUACGGUCUACCACUUGGUUGUGCAUCUAUUGUAUUCCCACAUUUUAUUGGUUGGGGUGGUGUAAUUCUUGCAAUAGGUUAUCCAGUUCUUGUAAUUGGUGCAUUAGGUAGUCGUUGGCGUCCAUUUGAUGUGAAUAUUAAUGUGAAAGAUGAAUGGAAAUUAUUUCAUUUAUUACGUUAUUGUUUAAUUAUUUCACUUCGACCAGCAUUAUGGGUUUCUAAUUUAGUUGUACAAACUACUGCAUGGUUUGUUUAUCAAUUUUGGUUUCGACAAAAUUAUCCAAUUACCAAUGAUGAAAGUCGUCAAUUUUGA